AUGCCGAUACGUUGCCACGUGCGGUUGGCAUAUAGUAACUACUGUCUGCUCAGAAUCCAGCAGACUCACCGCACUUGGGUAGACCGGUCUGCCGCAGGAGAAAACUAUGAGAGGCUUGUUAUGAUGACUUGUUCGACAUUUACCGCAGGACACGAGGGAUCGAUGAAAACAAGCCCGGAAAAGUUACAAUCACGGGCGACAGGCCCAAUUUGGAUUAAAUGUGCCGGUCCUCCAAUGUCCCCCUGCAAGCAGACCUUAUCCGCUUCUACUGUUGCGCUCAUAGGGGGAUUGAUUUUUGGGGUGGUAACUGGUAAGAGUAAGACCAGUGUAUUGACCCUUGACUGCCUCCUCGAAAAGUGGGAGAUGGAGAUGGACAAAUCAUCGAGCAUAUGUGUUCGGAAGGAGCUCCGAAUGAUUCGAAAGGCAGGACUUGAAGCAUUCUCGAUGUCACCGGAGGGGCCGGAUGAUGGUGGAAAAAGCCAAAAGCGUGAUAGUUACUGUACCAAAAAAAGAAAGUGCAAUUUAUCACCAGUUAGUUUUGAUUUGAAGGACCCGCUACCGGCCACUCUAGUCAGGUAG